UUAUAACGGUUUGACAGUUGUGUCUGGCCCAGCGAUACAUGAAUAUUUAAUCGUGAACCGUCGCUACCCAUGAGACGUUCGAAUACUGCCGCGUUUUGUCGAUAUCCGUCAACGGAUAGAUGCAUGGCGGGCACUUCGCGCGCUGUUCAAGAUGGCGGCUCCCUGGGUUGGAGUUUGUUUGUUUCUGUGUUGUGCUGAGCUUGGUUAGCUGAAGUUUGGAUUCUCAAAAGAAAAGUUUUCAGUUUUUUCUUGUACUUUGUAACUUGUGUGUUCGUAUUUCGUGAAUUUCGUUUUUGAUUGCCUCUUACGAUUUGAGUCGGUGGAACGACACGAAAGUGCCACUAAGUGACGUCCUUGAGACUAACAAGAGAUAGCAGCGAUUCAGCGUAUAUAUAUAUAUAUAUAUAUAUAUAUAGCGAGAGCUGGAAGUGGAGUGGAGGUGUACACCGAAAACGAAGACACCUAACUCUACCGAGAAACCUUUAACAAAGUUGAUUUAAACGUUUGCGAGUAAUUUCUCUUGUGUUGAUCGUCAACAGGAAGUUAAGGGAACUUCGCUGCUUGGCGGCAGCCGGCGCGAAACCGAUAUUCUAAUCUGGUUGCUGGGCUUUCUUGUCGCUUUCAGUGUGUGGGUGUGUAUUGCUUGGUGCGUUGUGUUGUUAAGUUGAGCGGGUACUGCGAACGGGAUAAUGGUGCCAAUUCGAUAAGUCGUUAGCGGGGCGCUCCCAGGGGAUGCAGCUGAACCGAUGCUAGCAACAGGAGCGACCAGCCAACGGUAGCAGCGGUAAGAUGGUUGGUGCGCUACCUGGCGGAGGGACGCAGCGCGUGAAGUCCGAACAUCCCCAACAACAGCAGCAACAGCAAGCCCAACAGCUGCAGGCGUUGCAGGUUGGCGGCGAUCCACAGCAGCUGCAACAACAACCCGGUCAUGUUACCGCUAGGCUGUGCUUUGUUUGCGGUGGUGCACCUGCCCGACUACCGCUUCCUAGCCGGCAGCUAUUUGACGCAUCUGGAAAAUGUCUACCGUUCUUCCCAUUUCUUGAAAAGCACCCUGCACCACCAGGUGCCGAAGUUACGUCCCCCGAAGGUUGUGUGCUUGCGUGUAAUGUGUGCUACGCACUUCUGCUGCAACAGUGGGAAAGCUACGAAAUACAGCGAGUGCCACUGUCCAAGCGGACGUAUUGGCUGAAACGACUCGAUAAUGGACCGUUUAGUGGGCUUGACAUUCGCGCAGAAGAAUAUCAACAACAACAACAGCAGCAACAGCCGCAACAACAACCACACAUGAAACAGCAGGCGCAGCAAACACCGUUGCAUCAUCAGCAACAACAAAUAGCUCACCAACUGCACCAGCACACGCAUCAACAGGGACCGCACUCACAGGGACCGGGUUAUCCUCCGCCAGGCUAUCGGUUGACACCUACGCCUACUCGCGAGUCUAAGGUUGACGAAGUUGGGGGCCGAAGCUCACAAGGAUGCCCUCCAAACGGUCAAAACAUUCUCGACUUGUCGCGGCCAGCAGGUCGGGCUACGCCGGAAAAGCCGAAUAAAGCCAAUAUUGUCAAUAACAACACAAUCGCUUAUGACUAUUCAAAACAUGCAAAACGUCCUGUAGAAUCUUCGUCUCCCUUGAGACGAGAGACGCGCACUCCUGAAAUCCCACCGCCUAGGGACAUGACAGCUGAGACGUCUGAUGUAUGUUUUGUUUGCGGGGGACAGGUACCCCGGGGGACAUUACUUAAUAUUUUUGCCAAGCCCAUUGCGAAUUGUCCCUUCUUUCCGAGUUUAUUGCAACAUGAAAAACCAUUACGAAGCUUCCCAAUCGAUCAGAAGAUGGGUCGAGUAAAGGCGUGUACAUCAUGUCAUGCGUACCUUCUACAACAAUGGGACACUUAUCAGAAGCUCAAUAUUGCACCAAGCGAUCGACACUAUCAACUCCCGCCUCCAAGAGCCUUCGGAUGUCCUGCCUUACCACCUGGAGCCCUUCCUCCACCCAAUAUCGUGCAAAAAGCAGCGGCCGCGCCUUCAGCCACUUUCGUGUGUUUCACUUGCGGGGCAGAGUUACCAGCUACUGGACAACGUACAGUGCCCACGGCUCCUGCAGGGGGAGAAGCAUAUUUUGGCUUCCUGCGUUUGCUUAGGCCACCACCAGGUGCGCAGCCUUUAAAUGCGCAAGGCCUCGCUACAAUUUGUUCGCCCUGCCAGAAGAACCUGCAACGGCAGUAUCGUGUAUUCGAGAUCUCCAAUGUACCUGAACACAAAAGAAAUUACAAGAUUAUGAUUAAUGAAGCCGAAGCUAGUUCAGGACCUUCGCCGAUACCAACUGCAGCGCCCCACAAGCCAGUAUUACCGGCACAAAACACAAGCCAACAAGUUACUGUUCCACCUCCAUCGCACAAACCCGCAUCGACGAACCCACUGUCGAGGUCAACAACGGGGCCACGUUACGUUGGAUGUUACAUUUGCGAGAAAAUUGGACCCAUAGAACAGUUGAUUCCCAUAGAUACAAAGGCACAGCGUGAAAGGAGUGCAUUUUUCCCUGUUAUUGAGGAUCUGCCCCGUCCGAUCGCCGCUAUGCCAAUGGAUGGAGUAGGCCGAGUUUUGCUCUGUGGAGAUUGUCGUGGUAAUCUUAUGCUUCAGUGGAACACGUUUGAAGCUUCUGGUAUACCGUAUCAACAUAGAGUUUAUCAGGUAAAUUCGGCUCCUUCACCAACAACGUCAACCUCGCAGCAACAAUCGAGACCACCGGUAAUCACCGCCCAACAGUCGACUGCACCUACUCCCGAACCUGGCGCUAAAGCAGCUGGAUCACUAUCAGGUUUGCGCGUUCAGGUGGCGUCUCCGCAUACAACAACCGAAGCCGGCGUUGCCACAACUUGUUCGUCCCACGUCCACCCGACGCCCGGUCCGCCUGCCCAAAUGCAAACGUUGCUUACUACCGUUCAAACGGCUCCAACGUCGACGGGACCCGUCGUUAUGCAGACGCCUCUGAAGAAAACAUACUAUGGCCUAGAUCUCAAGGUGAAGCCACGAGAAGUGCUGGCACCUGUAACGACGUCAAGCUCAUCACUUGUCACACAUCUCCCGUUGCCUCCAGAAAUUGCUGCCGAACAUGAUUGUUUCCUUUGUUUAGAACGUACUCCGGACAUGUACAUGAUCUGUGCUCGACAGGUGACCGAGAACGCGCCUUUCUUCCCUCUUAUUGAACGACUGGCCAUAGCACGGGGCUCGCCGAGCCCUUGUCUGGUAGAUCCUGCCGGAACCGUAUUUGCUUGUAGCUUCUGCUAUCAUUCGUUGAUGGAGCAAUGGAAAGCGUACGAAUUGUCUCCGCAUGUAGAGGAUCGCGAUCGUUCUGCACGAGUAUACAACGCACAUGAUUUUGUUUGCUAUAUUUGCGGUAUCAUUACGUACCGGAAGCGUGUACGGUCAAUAACAGUAACCGACUUCCCAUUCCUUAUGACACAUCCUCGACCAGGCGGCGCUCUGCAGUUACAUCAAGCCGAAAGUGUUGUAACCUGUUUGACAUGUUUUGAAGGACUUACCAGUCAGUGGAAGGAGUUUGAACGACUUCGCGCACCUCUAGAAAUGCGGAAGUAUAAUUGGAUCACGAUGCCACCUCCACCAGAACAGGACGAGGACAGUAAUGGAGCAUCAUCGUCGACAAGCGGAUACCCCGGUCAUUCUAAUGGGCUACCCCCAGUACCUGGAUCUAAAGCGGGUUCGGGGCGAACCCCAGCGGCUAUUACUCCGCCCUGUCAAGGAGCGCAGGGACCAUUUGGAGGAAUGAACGGGGCCUUCCUGCCGCAGCCUCCCAACGCAGCUCAGACAUCGGCACAGCUCAGUAAUGGACAAGUGAAUACAGUUCGCACAUCCAGCUUUGCGGCGGCACUUCGCAAGCUCGCUAAACAAGCUAUCGAUCCCACGGCCGCAAGCAAAGAACCUCGUUCCCCGGGAAGUCGAGCGCCGCCGAUAUCAUCAUCUCCCAUUUCCAAUGGCGCGCCUGUGGCUCCAACCAGCUGUUCCCCGACUGCCGUUUCUUAUUCAUCAUCGUUUAUCUCAUCUUCGUCAGCGGCAAAACGGCCUACGGGUUCCUUGGGCCAGGGACUGUGUGCGUCGCCAGGGGCCGGAUCAGACGCACGCAAACCCAUUGACCUGACAAGUACAACGCCCGAACCACCUACGCAGACAUCCGCACACCCCCGAGCUUCUCCUCAUAAAAAGCAAUCACAGCAACAGCAGCAGCCUUCGCCCAGCAGAGGAUUUCAACCGUACAGGGCGGGUAGUGGCUCAUCGAUUAUCUCUAACGGGUCGUCAUCAUCGUCGUCAAGCGUUGUCGUUCCAUCAACAGUCCAUCCGGGAGUCGCAAGUACCGGCAGUGCAACAACUUGUUCAGCCGGUUCAAGCAGCACUAGCGCUGGGGGUGCUGGCGGAAUUUCCACUGAUGGUCCAACCGCCUCACCAGGUCUGAUUCCGCAUCCAUCACCGCUUCCACCCCCAUACGAUUACAACCAGUAUUUGUUGCAUCAUCAUCCAGCGUUCCGUCUCGAUGACCCCGCGAUGUUUCUAGACCCGCGGUAUGCGGCCGCGGCGGCCGCAGCUGCCGCCGCUGCUGCAGCCACUCACGGUCAUCCCCAUUCACAGCUGCAACAGCAACAGGUUGUUGCAGCGGCAGCUGCUGCAGCUGCCGCCGCUGCCCAACAACAAACUGCGCAUCACCAACAACAAUCACAACAACAACAGCAGCCAACGCAAUUGCAACAGCCUUUCAAUAAUCCCUUUAGCCAUCACUCACUUCAGCCCGCAGUAUCCCCGAACGCUAGUGGGGGUGGCUCGGUUACUAGCCGCAAGGAUGCGACGGAAUCCACAGCAAGCAAACAGCAACAACAGUCGUUGGUACCAUCGACGUCGCGAGGUUCGAUUAUACAGGGUACGCCGCGCUCAGAACCGACCUCUGCGAUCGGGGGAGCUCCUGGUCAGCCUGGAAGCACGUUUGCUGCUGGACAGCAAGAUUCAACAGCAAUGGAGAGCACAAAUGGAAAUCAAUUCGGGCCACCCAGUUCUACACAUCCUGACCCGGCCUGGUUCACAGCUGCCCGUCUCGAAAUGGAAAAACGUAAGGACUACGAACUGUUUCUUCGAGAGCAAGCCGUUGCCGCUGCAAGUGCUGCGACAGCACGUGAUUGCUCCACACAAGAACCGCAACAGGCACAGCGUAACCAAUCGCAGAAUCAAAGUUCGCGCAGUUCAGCAUCUCGUGCCUCUAUAGGAGGUCCGGAGAGCAGUAGUGGUCGCAAGUCUAAUAGCUCGUCCGGUUCUCUUAGUAUGAGCGGUGGCGUUCAGGGGGGCUGUCCUGCAAUCGCACAACCCAUCGGAGGCCUUCAACACCACCUUAGUUCCAAGUUCCAGCAGGUGACACCGCACUCGAAUAGCGGAAAUAGCACGAAUGGAAAUGGUGGCAAAAUGCCAGGUCUACCUGCUGUUACAGGACCCUUGACGCCGGGUCUUCCCCUAAAUGCUGGAACAGCUGGCGCGUUUUCACACGUACUGCCAAAUACGUUCAACGAAAACAACAACAUAAUUCAUUUUGGAGAAGAGGGUAUGCACGCGCGUCUGUUAGAGAGCCAAAGCCAGCAACACCAACAGCAGCAGCAUAAAUUAGUAAAGCCAACUGUGAUCCAGCAAAAUGGGAUGAUGCCACCGUUUUAUUCGCUUUUUUCUGCCGAUGCUCUACUGGGUCAAUCGGGCUUGCCAUUUAACCUCACGCAACCGACACCCCGCGUGUCAACUGGUUCUAGCGCACCUCCGGGGUAUCCUGUAGCCUCUAUUAGUUCACAGGCUCUCGUGGGACAAGGUAACAUCGAUGCCCAAGCAACUAUUGAAGCGCCCCUAUUUGGGUUAGAGUCUCGAAUCGAGGAACCUGACGAACAAGGUGUAAUAUCAGCUCUCGACCUUCAAAUGAAAAAUAAGGACUGCAUCGGCGGAUACGUUGAAAGAGACCUCGAAGUUUUUAUUGUAUCAUGGGCUGGGCCUAAAAUCAAGAUGGAAUGCAGUGAAGAGAAACUCGCCUUCCUUAGUGGUUUAGGUUUGACAAUGCAUUCAAACUCGCGGCGCAUUGCCUUUGAGCAAUUUAUAGAGCGAAGGAAGCGUUUGCCUCCAGACGACCUAAUAAUGGAAGAAACCUGCGAGCUCCCUCCAACAUUCUGGAGCAGGCUGCUCUUACUCGACAAGGAACAGCAAAAUGAGAAUAAACCCAAAGUGGAAGCGCAAAAAGGACCCGAUGAACCUGAAAGUCUUAAAGCGAAAUUACCCCCACCAGCGCCAAAGUCCCCCCCUGCGACACACUUCCUGCAAGCUCUUGAUUUGGCUCCAACGGUGGAAGUCGACCGAAUAGAGACGGAGGUAAAAUGGCGAACCGUACUUAAAGAUCGAGCACGACGCUAUAAUUUGAAAGUGCCUGAUCGACGACGAAGAUGCAGAUCGCGCGACAGGAGCAGCGAGGAGUUCGAUGAGACUCUCCUGAAAAAGGCUCGAUUUGACCCGAAAAGCUUUGCCCAGGAGUUUCACGAGUCGGUGCUGAAAGACACUAGGGAAAAACUUCGUUUUUUAGAGCCUGGAGGUUCCCCAGAAGUCUUAUUCAGUAACUAUUCGCUGAGUCCGUCCGAGCGAUACACCGAUACGAUAGCUACCGCAAUGGCACGAAGCGAUGACGUACGGAAUACGGAGCUCCGGGGUCGGAGACCUCAUCCUGCCUUCAGUAUCCAUUUUCUCGACCUCGGCGCGAGUCCGCCACGUGCUGAUAGCCCUCUUAGCGGUGAUGGCCGUCGUAGUCCGUUUACGCCACAGACACCGUUCCUCGGAGGGCCUCAUGAAUGGCCAGGCGUCGAAGCCAUCCUUAUGUUAUAUCAUCGCCAUCAUGAGCUACGCAACAAGGAGCGGAUGUAUCUCAAAGAGAAAAUGCAGACUUUAGCUGAGCGGAAAGAACAGUUGGAGAACGAACUUGAACGAGUUAAAGCUCACAUGCAGCAACUGGAAGAGGAGAGUCGUACCGAAGCAGAAGCCUCGGAAAAGAAACAAUUAGAGGCGCAUAAGUUGCUAGAGGCACUCGGCGGAUUGCGCCAGGGAGCGAGUGGCACCGCUGAUGACAGUAAUUGUAACACUAAUUAUAACAACAACAGCAGCAGCAGCAGCAGCCCUAGUAACAAGAACAACAGCGACAGCAACAGUGAUAACAACAACAGCGCAAACACACAUAUCGCGCCACCGCUGCCACCGCCUCCACCACAAGCAACUGAAGAAGCAUCGCUUCCCAAUGGACACUUAUAGAAUUCGGCUUCGCACCCCCAAUGUCCUUGUUUCAAACAGGCGCCGCCAAGAUCGACGAUAAUAAUCACCUGACGAAGAAAAUGGUGCUGAUGCUGAUUGCAAUGGUAAUGGCGGUAACGGCGACUAUGAUGACGACAAUGGAAGGGAGGAUGAUCUCUGUUGUUUUCAGCGCUAUGCGUAUGCGCCGCAAAUACAAAAGAACAAAAUAAUACAAAAAAAAAAGAUAGGCACACCUUACGAUCGGUGCCUGCCAUCUGUACAGUGUUGAAGACUUUCACACGCGUUUGCCAUGGACCGUCCGCGCUGUCAGAGGAAUUGACCCCUAUAGGGUGCUGAUAAAGGCCGACCAACAUUGAGCGAAUACGUAGUAAUACUACAUAAAGAUGAACCGAUACACGUUAGUGUAAACUUACAGGACGGAUAAGAUAAAACUGAGAAGCAUGAUAUGAUUAUAUUCCACACAAUAUUAUUGUAAGGUAACAUGCGCUCUGUAUUUAUACCUUUGGGGACUAGAUCGAGCGGGUUUUUAUGAAUGGAUGAAAUGCGGUCGUAAGCCGACCCGCUGCGUAGGUGAAUCUGCUUGUUUACACACAGACGAUACAGUGACGAAAUGAGCUUUGCCAUUGACAGAAACGGAAAAAAAAUGGAUAGAUCCAGAUAAUGUCGUCUUCAUUCUAUUUCAUUAGUUCUUAUGAGGAUGAUCUUGUCGUAUGUAUCUUAUAGUCAGUGUUUUGUUUCAAUUUGGUAUAAGAUCAUUUAUAUUCAUAUAUCACGUUCUAUUUUGUAUUUACUAUUGCUAUUGCUACGUUAUGAGGACAACAAUGUGACCAAUUAUCGCUUCGCCCUUUGUAAGCGCAUUGGACUUUAGUCUCGGCAAAGCAUGAUCUUUAGCAUGCCAACUUUUGCGAAAUCCUCUGCGAAUCUGGGUGCCUAUCAAGCACUGCUAAAGAAGUUAUUGGUAUGGCAGUUACGCGAUGAAUUAAUUUAAAAAUCGAAUUCAAAGCCCAUAGCUUGCCUGGAGGGGACAAAAAAUAAUCGCCUAUAACAACUAUACGCUACAAAUACACAUAUACAAAUAUUGUCUAAAAAGCUAGAUUACUUAGCCAUUACCAAGACCCCGAUUGUUACUAUCAAUAUAACGAUUAUUGUUUGUUCUAGUGUCAGCGAAGGACAGCCAUCAAUUACGCAGAUCUUGAUCAUUUUGUUGUACAUACAUACAUAGCAGAAAAAUGUGAAGUUUUUUUUGCUUCUAUUCUUCUUUCUUUUUUAUUCU